AUGAACACAGAGAAAGGAGAAGCAUCCAAGGCCAAGAGCAGCAUCCCCACGGUCCAACGUGGUGGUGGAACGCACUUCAACUCAGUGGAUCUGGCCGUGAAAGAGGACACUCUGGAUUUACUCAUCCAAGUGGUCGGUAGUCUGGCUGUUUCCCUGCCGGCGCUCCUCGUCUCCACCUCCCUCUCAGCCGCAGAACGCAAAGAGAAGCUUAACGCAGUAAAAAUGAGCGUAUUCCUGCUCUGCAAACUCACAGAGAGUCUUGAGAGCGACUCCUACAGACAGAGUAUUGUCACAGCACCUGGGAAGGGUGGGAAAAAAGGUAAAUCUGGCGGAGAAGGACUGAUGCAGUGGGACUCGGAGAGAGAGAAGGUUCUGCAGGCCCUGAUCCAGCUCCUCCAGCUGGACAUCCGACCGCUCUGGAACCUCUCCCUGGUGGAGGAAGAGUUCAUCAGCUGCGUGACCUGCUGCUGCUACAAGCUCCUGGAGAAUCCAACCAUCAGCCACGUCAAGAGCAAACCCACCAGAGACUGCAUCAUCCACCUGCUGGGGCUGCUCAUCAAGAAGUACAACCACCUCCUUGGCGCCAGCGUGAAGGUGAUCCAGCUGCUGCAGCACUUUGAGCAGCUGUCGUCGGUGUUCGCUCAGGCUGUGUUUGUGUGGAGCACCGAGUACGGAGUCAGAGCGAUCAUAGGAGAGGUCAUCAGGGAGAUCGGGCAGAAGUCCAGCGAGGAGCUUGCCAGAGAGGGAUCGGGGGUCAAGGCUUUCGCUUCUUUCCUCUCAGAACUCGGCGCUCUGGUGCCUGACUUGAUGAUCCCCAACAUCAGCGUGCUCAUCACUCACCUGGAGGGAGAGUACAUUGCUUCACAUGUUCUUUUGGCAGUGAUUAAAGCUUCUGAGCUGUGGGCCGCCAUGGAGCCUGAGCUGCUCGUCACUGUCAGAACCGAGCUGGAGCCCAGGAGUGAUGCUGAGAAGGAGCAGGAUGAAGAGGAGGAGGAGGAGGAGGAGGAGGCGGUAGAAGAGGACGACAGAGCGACGGCGGUGAAGAUCGCUCAAUUCCUCCGAGUCAACAAAUACAGGAACGCUGCUCAGCUCUGCAUCAGAGCUCACAGCCGCUUCCCGCAGUCGGAGAUGUUCGCUGCUCUGUCCACUCUCACCCCCGACACUCUAAUGGACACUCUGGCUCUGAUAUUCAAAGGCUCUGAUGAAGACGCCUCUGAGCUCAGCCAGCACUUACCUCCGACCCCGCAGAAAGAGGGUGAGAAAGAGGGCGAGAAAGACGGCGAGGAUGGCGAGCUGAAGAAGCAGGAGAUGCUGGUCCAGUACCUGAGGGAUACGGAGACCUUCGCCCUACAGGUGGAGAGGGCCAUUUCCGUCAUCAACACCAUGCUGUACUGGAAGACCACCUCAGUGGUCCAGGAGGCGGUUCAGUUCUGCGUGACCGUGUGCGAGUUCAGCGUCGCCAACUCUGUGAGCGGCGUGAGGAAGAUGCUGCCUCUGGUCUGGUCCACCGACGCUGCCAUUAAAGACGCUGUGGUUCAGGCCUACAGGCGGCUCUACCUGAACCCUCAGGGCGACACCAUCAGGAUGAAAGCCCAGACUCUGGUGGACAGUCUGUCCGAGCUGAUGGUUGACGCUUCUCUGGGAACAAUCCAGUGUCUCGAGGAAAUUGUGCAGGAGUUCUUUGGCAGCGGCAGCAGCCUCCAGUCCACCGUUGUUCAGGUCCUGUGGGAGAGAUUCACUGGGAAAAGGGAAACCUCUGCUUUACACAAGAGAGCUGCAGUGCUGCUGCUGGGCAUGGCUGCACGGGCGGAGAGGGAGGUGGUGCUCAGUAACCUGGACACUCUCUGUUCGGUGGCGCUGGGCGAGAAGGUGACCGAGGACUUCCUGCUGGCCAGAGACACAGUUAUCACCAUCUGCAGCAUCACCGACCACGUCAGGCAGUCCAAAGGAGCUCCCUUCAGACUCCCUCAGGAGCACCAGCUGUUCACCUGCCUCACUCAGGCCGUCGCUGAAGGUGUGGUGAUGGAGGACCCGUACUGGCAGAGCUUCAUGGAGCAGGCCGUCCGGCUCCUCUACUUCCUGGCCGAGUCUCCGGACCAGCUGUGCUCCCGGCUGCUGCAGCGGAGCGCUCGCCUCGUGCUCGAUCAGAUCGCGGAGGGCGGCGAAGUCAACAAGGACGUCAGCCAAAUACAGGACGGAUCUCAGGACUCCGGCGAUCAAGGCGAGCAAGUGAGCUGUGUGAGUCUGGCCCAGCUGCUGGCCGUGUGUGGCGCCGUGGCGUUCUGGCAGGUGUCUCACCUGGAGAGGAGUGUGAGCGCUGAGCUGAGGAGAAGGAGGGGGGAGACGGAGGAGAGGGAGGAGAAGGAGAAAGGUCCGGCCAGCAAAGCCAAGCAGGUGGCCAACGAGAGCGCCAUGGAGGAGGAGCUGGGGCUGAUGGGCGCCUCGGCCGACGACACGGAGGCCGAGCUCAUCAGGAAAAUCUGCGAGACCGAACUACUGGCUGAGGAGAACCUGCUGAGUGCGUUCCUUCCUCUGCUGGUGAGAGUCUGCAGCUCCCCAGGACGUUAUUCCCACCCUCAGCUCACCACAGCUGCCUGUCUGGCUCUGUCGCAGUACAUGAUGAUCAGCCCGUCGGUGUGUGAAGAACACAUCCGCCUCAUGUUCACGGUGUUGGAGCGCUCCACCUUGCCGGUGGUCCGGGCCAACGCCAUCAUCGCCUUGGGAGACCUCACGGUCCGGUUCCCCAACAUCCUGGAGCCCUGGACUCAGAACCUCUACGCCAGGCUGAGCGACGAGGUUCCCUCGGUGAGGCAGACAGCCGUGACAGUUCUUACUCAGCUGGUGCUCAAAGAUGUGCUGAAGGUCAAAGGCCAAGUCAGCGAGGUGGCGGUGCUGCUAAUUGACCCCGAGCCUCACAUCACCAGCCUGGCCCUGAACUUCUUCAACGAGCUGGCCACCAAGGACAACGCCAUCUACAACCUGCUGCCAGACAUCAUCAGCCGCCUGUCGGACCCGGAGAGAGGCAUGAGCUCGGAGGACUUCAAUACCAUCAUGAAGCAGCUGUUCUCCUACAUCACUAAAGAACGACAGACUGAGUCUCUGGUGGAGAAACUUUGUCAGCGCUUCAGGACCGCUAAGACGGAGCGUCAGUGGUGCGACUUGGCCGUCAGUCUGUCCCUGCUGUCCAUGUGCGAGCGCGGCUUCAAGAGGCUGCAGGAGUGCUGGGAGUGUUACAGCGACAAGCUCACCGAGCCGGGAGUCUACCAGCCGCUGCUCUCCAUCACCGCCAAGCUGCGACGGGGCGCCAAGCCCCAGUUCAAGGCUCAGGUGGACGAGUUCGAGAAGCGUCUGACGGCGGUCCACACUCGAGGGCUGGAGAACGUGGAGAGCCCCGAGAUGGACGAGGAGAACCAGAGAGGAGGAGGCCCCGCCGAGAAGACGCUCCCCCACACGAACCGACCCAGCAGAGGCCGGGCCAAGUCCAAGAGAGGCCAAGCGAAGCCUUCGGUCUCCAGCCGAGGCGACGAGAGUUUCGUGACGCCUCAGAGGUCUCGCAAGUCCAAGAAACCUGUGAUCACCUUCAGCAGCGAGGAGGAGGAGGAGGAGGACGAAGAGGACGCCGUGAUGGCCGAGAGCGAAACCCCCAAAGUGACGACGCCGAUCGCUCGGACGUCGCGGCGAGCUCGACUCCGGAACUGAUCCCUUCUUGUUUUUCUGUCCGUUUCCUUUUUUAAUUCUUUUAAGCUCGAAGCAUUUUUUUUUUUUUUAACCUGUUUUUUGAAUCUUUUUCUGUAUAUUUUAAAGAAUCCUGUUUCUUAAACUAGUCGAAUCCGAGACACAGAAGUCUUUUAAUAAACCUGCUGCUGGUUUUAAACGGA